AUGACCAGCAUUUCAGGACCGAGGGCGCGACCUCGAGAAGUCGGAGUCGUCCGUAUUUGCAUCCUCGCGCUCACCCGACUGUCGGUUGCAUACGCCAAUAACAUAGCACGAGACUCGUCAGAACCUGAUGUCAACAUCUCCAAUGGUACGUGCUAUUAUUCACCGGGAAAUCUGGCAGACCCAAGCUACAUUCCUUGUGGAAACACGGCUUUUGGCAUCUUCUCGUGCUGCGAAGCCGGAUCGAACUGCUUGGACCACAACGCCUGCUACUCAAAUGAUGGAAAUACCUAUGUUGCGGGCUGCACUGAUCCCACGUACUCGGAUCCAUCGUGUCCGGUCAAAAGCCCUUAUGACGAUCAACAGUGGACAGGUCUGGUUUAUUGCAAUGGCACUUCGGAUGAGUGGACGUUAUGCGACGAUUCGGGCUCAGGGAGCGACACAGUCACUCCUUGGCCUGGAUGUUAUUGUCCGGAAGAUGAGACCUCGCGGAAUGUCGCGUUUAGCGCUCCGGGUGCUCUAGCGGCUUAUAUCAGCUUGCCCUCUUUUCUCGGAGGGUCAAUGAGCUUCUUCGACGGGUAUAGCCCAAGCACCAGUAUCACGAGCGACUCAGCCUCCCUUCUUGUAGUCACGACGACCUUCUCGGAUAUCCCUACCUCAACUUCCAGCACGGUCACAUCGAAUCCCUUAGCCAGCACACCCUCUACCACCUCCGCCUCCACUAUAUCCUCUGCUGCUUCCGCCGCCAGUAAUGCAACCGAUGAACACGCGCAUAACAGAACAGGCCUAAGUCCGGGUGCAAAAAUUGGAAUUGGCGUUGGCGUUGGUCUUGGAGGUCUUAUUGUUUUGGCCGUGAUCGGUGGCAUGGCGUUCUAUAUCCGUCACUUGAAGCAAGGACAACUCAAGCAAGAAGACACCGUCACCCGGCCACCCUCGGAGUUCUCUGCAAUGCAAGAUGAUCGACUCGAUGGUCUUGCGCAUGGCGUUCCUGCGUGGUCUGGCAACGCAUCCGAGCUGGCUGGUAGCGACUCCGGAGACUUCUCUCCAGCGGCGACUCAGCGAGCGUGGACUCGACCGAUGUCCGUAGAAGUUGAAGGGAGCAUUCCGAACCAUCGGAGCGCGGGGAGUCUUCCGUCUCUGGAAUCAGGAUUUGCCAGAUCGGCUUACAUGGCACACAAAGGAGCUGAAGCGAUGCCCGUCGAAGUGCAAGGGAGUCCGCGGUCGCAUGAUAUUUCGCACACCUCAUAUCAGCCUGGCAGACAGGUUGGAGAUGGGGUGUAUGAGAUGCCGGGUCACUUGCCCGGGUCUGAUUUCCUCGAGAAGCGAAGUCCGUAG